CACCGACCCUCUCUGUCAUUAAACGCAAGCUCUUACCUUUCUGAAUAUAUUUUGGUGCUGAAAGAGAGCGAGAGAGAGCACAAAAAAAAAUAAAAAUGGCGGCAGCAGGAGCAUUAGCAGCGCCAGGCCAACUUAACCUGACAGAAUCACCUUAUUGGGGUUCGAGAAGCGUUGAUUGUUUUGAGAAAUUAGAACAGAUUGGUGAAGGCACUUAUGGCCAGGUUUACAUGGCUAGAGAAAUAAAGACAGGUGAAAUAGUUGCUUUGAAGAAAAUAAGAAUGGACAAUGAGAGAGAAGGGUUUCCUAUAACAGCCAUACGGGAAAUCAAAAUUCUGAAGAAGCUACACCAUGAAAAUGUUAUUAAGCUGAAAGAGAUAGUGACAUCUCAAGGCCCUGAGAAAGAUGAUCAAGGAAAGCCAGAUGAUAACAAGUAUAAAGGUGGGAUUUACAUGGUUUUCGAAUACAUGGACCAUGAUUUGACAGGUCUUGCAGAUCGUCCUGGGAUUAGAUUUACAGUUCCACAGAUUAAGUGCUACAUGAGGCAGCUUCUAACAGGGCUGCACUAUUGUCACAUAAAUCAAGUGCUUCAUAGAGAUAUUAAAGGAUCUAAUCUUCUUAUCGACAAUGAGGGUAAUCUGAAGCUUGCUGAUUUUGGGCUUGCCCGAUCAUUCUCAAAUGAGCACCAAUCAAAUCUUACGAAUCGUGUUAUUACUUUAUGGUACAGGCCUCCAGAGUUGCUGCUUGGGUCAACGAAGUAUGGUCCAGCUGUUGAUAUGUGGUCUGUUGGUUGUAUCUUUGCUGAACUUCUGCAUGGAAAGCCAAUUUUUCCCGGGAAAGAUGAGCCUGAACAACUAAAUAAGAUUUUUGAGCUGUGUGGAGCUCCGGAUGAGGUUAACUGGCCUGGAGUUUCAAAGAUUCCUUGGUACAACAAUUUUAAGCCAACAAGGCCUAUGAAGAGGCGUCUCAGAGAGGUUUUUAGACACUUUGACCGCCAUGCCUUGGAGUUGCUGGAGAGGAUGCUGGCUCUUGAUCCUGCUCAGAGAAUUUCAGCCAAGGAUGCACUUGAUGCUGAGUAUUUCUGGACUGACCCACCACCAUGUGACCCCAAGAGUUUACCAAAAUAUGAAUCAUCGCAUGAGUUUCAGACAAAGAAAAAGCGCCAGCAACAAAGACAGCAUGAAGAAAAUGCCAAAAGGCAAAAACUACAGCAUCCACAGCCGCAUUCCCGCCUUCUACCUGUUCAGCAGUCUGGGGCACGUCCCCAAAUGCGGACAGGGCCUAAUCAGUCCAUGCAUGGUUCUCAGCCCCCAGUUACAGGUCCUGGACAUUAUGGGAGGCCUCGUGGACCUCCAGUUGGUCCAGGUAGAUACCCUUCAGGUGGAACAAGUGGGGGAUACAACCACCCGAGUCAUGGUGGCCAAGGGGGAGGAGGUUAUGGCAGCGGUCCCUAUCCUCCACAAGGACGAGCCCCACCAUAUCCUUCCACUGGCAUGCCUGGUGGUGCUCCACGUGGAGGAGGAGGUAGUGGAUAUGGAGUUGGUGCUCCAAAUUAUCCUCAAGGUGGUCCAUACGGUGGUUCUGGUGCUGGGCGUGGCUCAAACAUGAUGGGAGGAAACCGCAACCAACAAUAUGGUUGGCAGCAGUAACUUGAGAUAUUUACCUUCGAAGAGUUGUGGGGAAUUACUGGCUGUAGGAAGAAUUUCCCAACGCAUCUGCAGAGCAAUCAGGGGAUGCAACUCUGGUGAAAAAAGAGUAGGCUACAAGCUUAGUUAGGGUAAAUGAUAAUGCAGAUUCUUAUUCUGAAAUGUAAACUGAGGAAUGUUCCGCUUUUUGGAAGGACAAGUUCCUGUAUUUAUAACUCCACAUGCGAUGGUUUGGCUGAAUAGUUGUCUGGUCUUUACUGUACUUGAUAUACGAUAUUUUAAUUCAAGAGUAACUUUAUUUUGAUGAUAA